AAAUAAGAAGAAUUGACAUUAAAAGAAAAGAAGAAGCUAGCGGUCGCUCAUCGAAUCAAGAUCUAGAUCAAGAUCCACCACCGUUGUGUUGUGUUCCCGCAUUAUGGGAGACAGAAAUGAUAACAGAGGUGAUGAGAAGCGAUGUGCUCAAGUGGCUGUGGAGAGCAUCAUCACUUGGGGGGAGGCAGCAGGUGUGGCAGACCUUCCACAAGACCUGGCCCGUGUCAUUGCUGCAGAUGUCACCUACAGACUUCGACAGACCCUCAGUGUGUGUGGACAGUUUCUGAGACACAGCAAGAGGCGCAGACUAACCCCAGAUGACAUCAAUCGAGCGCUUGUGUGGAUGGAUGUCCCUUCUGUCAAUGGGUACACAAGCAGUGACCCAGUGGAGUGGCAAGCAGUGCCUGAGGUGGGGGUGCACAUCCCACAUGAUCCCAUAGUCAACCUAGCCAGCACAGGCCUCAGUGGAGACAUAUUUCACCAGCCUGGCAGCCCUUGCGUCAGAGGAGAGUGGGCGUACAUCACAGGGCACACCAUAGUGAAAGGAGAGGGUGGUGGAGACCCCAUACCAGCCCCCUUGCCCUUAGCAGCAGACCAUCUUCAGUAUUAUAAGACGCUGUUCAGUGUUAUCACUGGGCCAUCAAAUGACCUUUUCAAAUUGAUGUGUGAAGAUGUGGCAUCUAGCCCUGGUGUGAAUGGCAUUGUGGGUUACAUAGUGGGUGGCGUGAUGCGAGGAGCUCACCGGGCAAGACAGAAGCCAUGCAUCCUUCGUCGCCUGCUCCUCAUUGUACAAGCACUUCUCCUCAACCCGAACCUCCACCUGGGUCCUCAGAACUAUAUGCGUGACAUCAUCAACGUGCUUGUGUAUUGCAUCAUUAUUGAACGCAAGUCUCCUCAAGACACUCAGAUGAUCCGCAGCUUGGCUUGCAAUGUGCUGCUUCAGGUGGUGUCACGAGAGCCUGGGUGUCGGGUAACCUGGGAGGGAGUGGUGAGUAGUCUGGGAGGGGUGGUGGCCAGUAGCAGCAGGCCGUGGGGACAACAUGUAGGGGCACUCAUUGGGCUCCUCACCCUGGGAUGUCCUGCUCUGCUACACAGCCUCACUCCCAUUGCCCGUUCAUAUCACAACCGUCUGGCCCACGCCAUUGCCCAGGCACCAAGCCCCAGCACUCGUGAUGCCCUGGAUGCCCACACAGCCAAGUGCCUCUUGCUGGGUGGGCUCGUCAAUGUCAUGAAAAGCUACGUUAAGAGUCUCCCAGACAAUAUGGUAAUGUUUUCCUCUACAAAGGAGUCUACAUCACCUCCAGCAUCCUCCAUGUCAUCCAGUGGCAUGGGAGAAGGUGACGUGCCCUUUGAACAAGUACAGGAGAUCUACAACCUUGGGGAGGAGGCAUAUGGAUCAGCUUUUAUAGCUCAGGUGCCUACUGUGUACUUGUGCUGCACUCCCAAUCAUGUUCCUAGCUUCUUGCAGUCUUCUGUUUACAGAGACCAAGCCAUCUCUGGGGACGCUCUUCUCAACCCUCCACCCGCCAAGCGACCCAAUUAUAAAUCCUCAUCCUCACACCACCUGCACCAGACACUAAGCAGAGCCAAGGUAAGAAGAAGAGACCAGUCCUAUGCACCAGCACAGGUGUUUGAGGGAUACAGGAGUCUCCCUGAAAAAUUUAUCCAGGUGAAUAUCGGAGGAUGUCCGACAAAGAGUUUCAACAAACUUAAGAGGAGAGAAAGUUCUUUGCCCACAGUUGUGCCACACCCACACCGACCCCUCCUUGCACGGUAUUGUACAAGGCUCACUGGUUGUAUGCCCCACAACACCUUCACCAAACCUCUGCAUCCUCCACUAAGACCUGGACCUUCAUUACAGUACCUAAUCCUGUAAUUAUGUGGACACAUUAUACUAACCCCUUAUUACCUUGUACAGUACUUAUCCUGGUGUGAAAGACAACUGCAAUAUGUGUACAAAAUUAGCAAUACUGCUUUCUUGUCAAACUGCCAGUCAAACUCAGUCUUUAGAGCAGUGGUUGUUAAGGCCUUUAUGGGUAGAGUUGCAUGGAAGACCUAUAUCAUCACAUGAGUCUGUGCAAUUAUCAUGUGUAUAUAUGUGAUGUAAUUCAUUAUGACUAAGACAUGUCAUUGUCAUAUUUCCACAUUAUGAUCAUCACUUAAGAUGUAUAUGUAGCCACUCAAGUGUUCAUCCAUGGAAGACCUGAUAUUUGUGUGCCAAAUUUUAAAUGGAGAAAAACAUGAAAGUAAAUAAAGUACUUGGAAGGAUUUAUGUAUCUAUUAAGGAAUAGAAUUGUAGAGUGAUGUUGGAUGUUGGAGAAAAGGUUGUGAUUACAGGGACGUACAGAACAGGUCAUGUAAUAGGGUUGCUCCAUAUAAAAGAAAAAUUGAGAAAAUUUAGAGAUGUAUAUAUAUUAAUGAGGAAGGUUUUAGGAUCCAGCAAUGGAGAAGAUGGAACUUGUUCAUAUACACUUUUGUGCUCUCUAAUGCUCAGUGAAAUAUUCCAUAAUAUGGGAUCUGGCUUGCUUAUAGUCUUGUCUUCUCUAAAGUGGCUUCUGGAUCUCGGUUUGAAUGGUGUCCCAGGGAAUACUUGGUUGUCAGAUCUUUAGGGAAAUCAUGAGCUCUCCUUGUAGUAAGUGCAUUGAUCAACAGAAAACAAGUAUUAUUCACAUCAAAUCAAUUGUUAUCAGUAAGCUACAGUGUUUAAAAUCCAGGAGCCAUUUUAGAGUAGACAGACUAUAGCACAUUGGUAACAUCUGGAUGGAAUCAAGUUUUCUGUGCAAUACAUUUAGAUUAUGCUAAUGUAAUACCUAAUUUACUCAUAUGCAAAACAUCAACUGCAAUUAUGUCAUUGGUUCUACAUUAGUUGAACUUGCAUAUUCUCUCCUUUGAGUUCCAGCUUUUCAGAAAAAAUUAAUUGUACUUAAUAGUAUUAAGCAAUGUAAAAAUAAGUGCCUCAAUGUGCAGUGGCCUGUGUACCCACAAAUCUACAGGCACUAGUUAAAGUGGUUGCUGGGCAAGUUGGCACACAACUCACCCUGCAGUUCAUCCUUUCUUCAAGGUGAUCCUUAAUGAGUACCUAGGAAACCUGGGAAGGUAAACUGGAAAUUAGAUGUCACCAUGAUUCUGUGUGGAGCAAGCGAAUGUCACCACAAGCUCAAAGGCCAAGACAGGGAGGAUCACCCAGGCCAGACACAGAUAUGUACCUUGAAUGUAAAUGUAAUUAAUGAUACCCAUUUUUUGUA